AUGCCUUUGGCAGUUGAUAAUAUAGUAGACGCUCAGGCUCAACAAGAAGUUAUAAAUGAGUCAUCGGGGCAAGAACGUCGUGCGGGUGGUGGUGGUGAAGGUGGAGGAGGACAAUUGUUAACCGGUGGUGGUGAAGGCGGAGGAGGUGAUGGUGGAGGCGGUGAUGGUGGUGGAAGUGGUGGUGAUGGUGGAGGCGGGCAGGAAAGCUCCAGAGGUGGUGGUGGUGAUGGCGAAGGCAAAAUAGGUUGGCACGGGUUCUCACAAGUGGUGCACAUUUCGCAAGCGAUUUGA